AUGAUGAUGAAUUUGAAUGCCACUGUGCUUUUGCCUGAUGGCUCGGUAGAGUCUAUGCCCCUCCAUCUAGCCGACAAGUUCCACAAUUCUCAACUCCAGCUGGCAAUUGUAGAUGGUGUACAGAUCGGUGCAGCGAUUAUACUGAGUGCCAUUCUCUGUAUGGCCGCCAGAACCUACAAGUCGAUUUUGUUUGUGCUCUACCAGACCAACCUUGCUUUGUUGAUUCUUCAUAGUGUGUUGAACAUCCAGAACCUCGAAUCCAGUAUUUGGAGCAUGUCGUGGUACCUGACGGGCAUCACAGAAGCGAGUGAUACAACUAUCAACUGUACCAUUGCUUACUCCAUUUUGUACUGGUUCCUGAUCAUUAGCAUCUGCGCGACGUUGGUUGUGCAGGUCCAUGCUUCAUUCUGUGAUAUGUCCAAGCGUAACCAGAACCUAAUUUUGCUGGUCAGCUGCGUCGCUGUGUUCCCGUGCAUUUUUGUAUGGGGGUACUACCUUAUCACAAAUGCUUCAAUUGCUAGCCAGGCCAAGUACACCGAAGAUGUGUCCUACGACCAAGCGCAGUGGGCGAUCGACGGUUCGUGGCCUGUGUUUACUACGACUACGACGGUGUUUUCAGCAAUUCUUUGUAUCAAGCUAUUCUUUGUGCUUCGCUCUCGUGCUCGCAUGGGCAUUGUGCACUUUGACCCCCUGAAGGCGGUGUUCACCAUGACCCUGCAGAACUCUGUCUGUCCGGCAGUUUUGAAUAUUGUCACUGCAUCGCUUCCCGAUGACAAGACGCCCAACUCUUUGCCUGCUAUUUCAAUUGCUAUGACUGUGCUUUUCUUACCCAUUGGCUAUGUGUGGGCUCAAUACCGGUCUGGAGACCUUCCAGCCGGAUCUCCCGGUCAUACGUCGUCCCUGGCGGCCUAUUUGGCUCGGGCCCGAAGCUUACGCUCGCACGACCUUGACAGUACGUACGAACAAGCUUCUACACCAACCACAAGUUCGUCCAGGACUUUUGAGAAAAAAAUCGACUACAUACACCACCACCAAGUGUGA